AUGAGCAAACGUUUUUUUCAAAGUCUUUCCUACGAAAAUCGAUUCAAGAAAUACUCAAGCGAUUCGUGCAUUGAUAGCGCAAGUCAGUAUUCCUCUCAAUCUCAAUACCAACACUCGCAGAUAGAACAGUUUGAUUCUCAAAAGACGCAAUAUGGCUAUUCACAAUCCCCUCAAAAGAUUAUAAAGAAGCCACUGCCACCAGUGGGCCCAAAUCGUGUCUUUCCAAUUUCAGGCCAAAAUUAUGCAAACAUUAAUAGCAGGCCACCACCAAUGGCAAUGGGACUGCCACAAAUCUCCGAGUGCAUUGCCAAGGAAGUUAAGAAUGUUCUCAAAGAAUCACAUUUCUCAAAUACCAAAUCUGCUAUUGAAAGUAUGACUGUAGAAUUUACUGAGAUCAAGAAAGGCUCUGAAAAUAAUGCAAAGUGUCUUGAAAAGUUAUCAAAAUCUGUUGAGAGUGUAAAGAGUGAGGUGUGGCAGUUACUGAAUCAGCAUAAAACAGAAGUUGAUACCUCACUGAGUCAAUAUGCCAAAGAACUGACUGAUCUUCUCAGAGUUUUCAUUCAAAAAAACAAUGAUAAUUUUUCAAGCAACUUGGCUGAUGCAGUGGAAAAAAUAAUUAGAAGUUUUUCAUCUUCACAGCUGCAGAAAAAAUCUGUUUCAACCUUUGCAAGUAAGGAAGUUCAAGUUAGCCUGUCUACUGAAACUACAAACAGAUCUAAGAAUCACAAUAACAAUUAUGUAAAUUAUACUACUAAUGUUAAUAAUAAUAAUUAUGUUGAUGACAAUCACAACGAUGAACAUAUUAGUUGUUGUCGUUAUUAUCCUUCCUCUUAUAAUAAUCAUUUAAAAAGUAACAUCAGUAAUAGUGCAGUAACAAUCAGACCUCUUACUCCAUCAUACAUUUCCCCAGUGAUUCGUCCCCAUUCUAAAUUGAGUAGUGAUGGUAUGGCGCUAGAUCUGUCUAAACAAAAUUUACCUUCCUGCAGCAAUAUAACCACAAUGAAUUCUGAAGUUCACCCAAUUUAUAACUCUCCCCAAUCAAAUCAAAUCACAGUUGUAUUAUCCCAAUCUCAAAUAGUAGAAGAUGUGAGUUCUAAUGUCAAUUCGAGCGUUGCAAUUAAUAGCAGUGCUUUUGCUGCUUAUCCUAAUCUAACUAAUAGAUGUUCAUAUCAGAAGACUAGAGAAACAGUUACUUACUGGGACCAAAAUGCUUCUAGGGAUGAACCUAAUGGAAAAAGAUUCAAAGGUUCUUUCCAAGCAUCAUGCGUACAUGAAGCUCAAGCUGUUAACAGGACUCCUAUUUUUGGAGAAGAAUAUGUUGUUAAUAAUAAUAUUAAUGCUUUUAGUAACAAUUCAUACAACAGUAUGCCUCUUAAGAAUAUAAGUUCUAAAAUUAAUGUUCUGAAUAAUAGUGUAAAUCAUUGUGACGACGUUCCGCCAACUGUAGAAAGAAUGAGGUGGAAUGAUUCUAAUGAGCCUAAUUUAAACGAAAGUUGUGUGAAAUUUCGUGAAGAGGGAAAAAAGUCAAAAACUAAGAAAAAAUCACUUUUAAAGAAAAUUAAAACAGGUAGGUCUCACGAAUAUAAACCGAAAAGAAACGAAAUGGUUAGGAGAUCAAAAAGAAUUUGUCGUGCCAGAAAGUUUGAUGGCGGUAGUAAUAGUAGCAGUACCAGUGAAAGUGAUUCUGAUCAUCUGGAAUUGUUGGAUUCUGACAAGGAGAACUGGGAACCUAGCUCUGAUAGAAAUCGUGUUCAGAAUAAAGUAACAAGGUCUGUGACGGAUAAAACACAGAUGAAUAAAAAGUCAAGUAUUGAGUAUGUUGAUGAAGAACAGCUGGAAAGUUCUAAUAGAUCCAACUCAACCAAAUCAAGCCAGGCUAGUGUGUCGCAUUUGUUCACAGUGUUAGACCUGUUCUGA